GUUUUGAAACAGGUUCUGCCCGGCAUCCUGCAGAAGCACUGCUGCAUCCUGCCAGACAGGAACACAGAAUCGCAGUGUACCCUCUGUGGAGAGCCGGAAGAGGAAGAAGGUGGAGAUUUGGCCCAGCCGGGCCUCGGCUUCGAGGGGCCGGCCGACGAGGACCUAGACCCGCCCUGCCCAUGGACGCCGGCGCCCGCCUUCAAUGAGGACAGGUACUCCCCCGCGCCCCGCAGCAUGAAGGGGCUGCCUGCCGGCCGGAGCCAGCCCCCGCUGUGCGCGGGCCACACCUGCGGCCUGGCGCCCCCGGAGGACUGCGAGCUGCUCCAGAGUGUCCAGCUCAGCGACAGCAGAAAGGUUUUAGGAGGCGCUGCAGUCAGCACCCGGCCCCUGGGGUGGGAGGUGCGGGGUCGGCACCCGGCCCCUGGGGUCGGAGGUGUGGGGUCGGCACCUGGCCCCUGGUGGGUUGCUUUACCCAACUCGAGGAAGUGCUGUGCGUGUGGGAGGCGACCUGCAGACGCCUCUGACCGGGCCCCAAGCACGGAGUGGGUGCCUCAGGAUGAGUGGGGGGGGUACCCCGCGGGCCGCGGCAAGGACGAGGAGAUCCCCUGCCGCAGGAUGCGGAGCGGCAGCUACAUCAAAGCCAUGGGCGACGAGGAGAGUGCCGAGUCCGACUCCAGCCCCAAGACGUCCCCGACGGCCGCGCUCCUCCCCGAGCCCCUGCUGAAGUCCAUGGCCGCCCGGCCCCUCGGGGACCUGCAGAGCCAGAGCUACCUGCAAGCUGCCAGCGAGGUGCCCAUCCCUCACAGCCUGGACCCGUCUGCCGGAUACAACUCCCCAAAGUUCCGCUCCAGGAACCAGAGCUACAUGCGGGCCGUGAGCACCCUGAGUCAAGCGAGCUGCGUGAGCCAGAUGAGCGAGGCCGAGGUCAAUGGGCAGUUUGAGUCGGUGUGUGAGUCCGUCUUCAGCGAGGUGGAGUCUCAGGCCAUGGACGCCCUGGACCUGCCGGGGUACUUCCGCACGAGGAGCCACAGUUAUCUGCAAGCCAUCCAGGCUGGCUACUCCCAGGACGAGGAGUGCGUUCCCAUGAUGACGCCCUCCAGCGUGGCUGCAGCCAUCAGGUCCACAGCAGCGGCCACCUAUGCCAACUACAAGAAGACGCCCCCGCCAGUGCCCCCUCGGACCGUCUCGAAGCCUCUGAUCUCAGUGACGGCCCAGAGCAGCACGGAGUCCACGCAGGACGCCUACCAGGCUCAGAGGAUGUCCCCGUGGCCCCAGGACACCCGCGGCUUGUACAACUCCACAGACAGUUUGGACAGCAACAAGGCCAUGAGCCUGGCUCUGGAGACGGCCGCCGCACAGCGCCACGCGGCCGACAGCCAGAGCGGCCCCAUCCGGACCAGCGACAAGGCCAUCCUGGUGUCCAAGGCCGAGGAGCUGCUCAAGAGCCGCUGCUCCUCCAUCGGAGUGCAGGACUCUGAAUUCCCAGAGCACCAGCCAUACCCAAGGUCAGAUGUGGAAACGGCCACCGAUUCGGACACGGAGAGCCGAGGGCUGCGGGAGUACCACUCGAUCGGCGUGCAAGUCGAAGACGAGAAGCGAAUAAAACUACAGCUGCCCACUUUUAAAUUUGCUGUUGGAUUUACAAAAUCAAUGGCCUGCGUGGGGAGUCUGCAGCUGGAACGGCAUCUUCACACCUCAUCCUGCUGGCGGCCCGCGCGCCUUCUGGGGAAGAUCCGGAGUGCCGUGGGGAGUGCCCAGUUGCUCAUGUCCCAGAAGUUCCAGCAGUUUUAUUGGCUCUGCCAGCAAAACAUGGACCCCAGUGCCAUGCCCAGGCCGACGCCCCAGGACCUGGCCGGCUAUUGGGACAUGCUGCAGCUCUCUGUAGAGGACGUCAGCAUGAAGUUCGACGAGCUACAGCAGCUGAAGCUCAGCGACUGGAAGGCAAUGGACUCACCAGAAAGAAAGGAAGAGAGGAAGGUCCCCCCUCCGAUACCAAAGAAGCCCCCCAAGGGGAAAUUUCCCAUCACGAGGGAGAAGUCCCUGGACCUACCAGACCGACAGCGCCAGGAAGCCAGGAGACGGCUCAUGGCCGCCAAGAGGGCCGCCUCCUUCCGCCAGAACUCCGCCACGGAGCGGGCGGACAGCAUCGAGAUCUACAUCCCCGAGGCCCAGACGCGGCUCUGA